CCCUGUUUCGUUCGAGGUGUUUUCAAAUUCGAAUACCUUUCGUUCGGACUGUUUUGUUUUCGAACAUCUUUCAUUCGAAUCAAACCAAACGUCAAACCCACUUUGUUUAUGAAGGAGUGAAUAAUUUCCGCAGCGGAUGAGCGGUGAACUGCAAAAAUGGAAAAAAACAAAAACAAAACAACCACUAAAAAUCAGUUCGAGCGGAUUGUGCUGCUUCUGGAGCAAGAGCCGGACAUAGCAAAGGGUUUCUCCCGAGGAAAUUCCGGACCCUACUGGGAUGAUCUGGCGGCAGAAGUCAAUAGUUUGGGACCGCCUAUUCGCGAUGGAAGUGGAUGGAAAAAGGUUUGGGCGGACUAUAAGUCCGGAUUAAAGCGAAAACUCGCUCACAACAAACGGGAGCAGAGGGCGACAGGUGGAGGACCCAAUAAAAUUAUCAAUUUGUCCGAGCUGGAGGAGCAGGCAGUUCUACUAACUGGGUUACUUGCGACCGUGGAAGGAAUCCCGGGUACCUCAUCUCAUGGAACACAGUUGGGUUCGCCUUCGGGUGAACCUCAAGCUGCAGACCAGGAAAAUUUUAUAUAUUAUGGUACUUCCGACGAGUGUGACGGUAUCAAUAAUACCAUUCACUUCCAGCCCUCUCAGCCGAAAAAAUCCAGACCUUCUACCACGAGGCUAUUAGAGCUGCAAGUCGAGCAACAAAACAAAUUUCACACCAAUGUGAAAUCCCUGUUAAAAAACACAAACAAGAAUUUGAGUGAUCUGGUUCAUUAUCAGCGCCAAUCAGCUCGAGCGAUUCUUUCCGUGGAUGCCACACUCAAAGAACAUCUGAGUGAACAAAAACGACAUAACCACGAGAUGGAGAAGAUCGCGCUGGAGAAAUCAAUAGCGACAAAUCCUUGAAACGCAGAUUGCGUAUAUUUCAGAACAUUAGAAUAAUGUUUCAAAAUAUCAGUGAUCUGAUUUUUUAUCUUUAUAUUGUAACUCAAGUAUAAAAAAAUGAAAAAAAGUUCUAAUCGUAUUUUUAUAUCUUUCCAUGGAAGAAAAAUCUUACUUAAUUUUUUCUUUGAAGUUUGUUUGGAAUAGCAUCAAAAUUAUAUAAACUUUUUUAAAAUUCACGAAUUUCGCCUAUAGUUUAUGGAACUUCCUUAACCCCUUCACGUACAACAUUGAACUUCACUCGUUGUUUCUCGAUGUGAAAUAAUUACAUAGCUUCAGGCAUAUGAUGAGGAUACCGACAACUGAAGAUUAUAAAAUUUCCGUUAUUUAAAAAAAAAUUGAAUGAGCUAAAAAUAUAAAAUAUAAUUUGAAUAUUAUAAUUAAAAUAAAAACGAACGAGUUAGUACGUAGUAAUAACUCCUUCGUUUUUAUUUUAAACACAACAUGUAUUUGCUCAUCAUAGGGCACCCAUGUUAGAUACCCACACUCAGCAGAGUAGCGGAACGACUCGAAGUGCUCGUUUUGGGCCGUGCUGUUGGAAAUUAAAUCGUACAGCAAGGGGUUAAAACAACGCAAAAAGUAUUAAUAAUGGUUAUUUGAAUACUUGGCCUGCUUACGAGAAAUCGAUAAUGACAUGUUCUCAAAGUGUUGGCAGGAAUAAGAGUAAAUAAUUCUGCCGAAACCAUAGUUAAGUAAGGAAGACACUUCCUUUUCCGGUGGUUGUUAUUUAUUUGAGCAUUUGCAAACAAGUUAGAUGAAAUUUAACAGUCAUAAAUAUUAAUUUAAACAAAAGUUUAUUAUGUAAACAGCUGCAUAACAUAUUAUAACUACUGAGAACGACCAAAUUCUAAGCAUAUAUUGUGAAGUGCACAGCAUACAUUUAUAAUUUGAGCGCAUUUAGUAGGAUUGUAGUGAAGUUGUCUCGCGCCAAGGAUGCAUCUAAACCGAUUUUUUAGUAAACCGAUUGUCCGCUCGACGAUAGCACGACCCAAGGCAUGCCUGCGAUUAAAAUCGCUCUCCAAACUCCCUUCCUCCGCUGCUCUGAAUGGCGUUACUAACCAAGGUUCCGAUGGAUAACCAGCAUCACCUGAAA